AUGUCUCUACUGAUAUACACAAGCCUCUCCCGCCCUUCUCUUACAACACAAUACCCGCUGCCCGCCUCGGAGGCAUUGGGCAUUGCACCCACAGCAUCGCUGGCGUACCCCUCCUCGCGCACCGACGCCAAAUUCAUCCUCUCGCCCGUCCUUAAUCUCCCUGAAGCCUUCGGCAGCGCCUAUGUCGGCGAAACAUUCUCCUGUACACUAUGCGCGAACAACGAGAUCGAGGCAGGGAACACAAGUAAAGCGGUUAGUGGGGUGCGAAUACAAGCAGACAUGCAAACACCCUCUGUGCCUAAGGGCACUUCACUCGAACUCUUCGGCCAUGAUAGAAACGAAGAUUCCCUGACCAAGAGCAACGAGGAAGACAUCGGCCCAGGCUCAAGUCUGCAGAAGAUAUUACGCUUCGAAUUGAAGGAGGAGGGCAACCACGUCCUCGCCGUGACGGUCACAUAUACGGAGACUGCGCUCGCAGGCGAGGGCAGACCGACCGGCGGCAAAGUCCGCACAUUCCGCAAGCUAUACCAAUUCGUCGCGCAGCAGCUCCUCUCUGUGCGGACGAAGGCGGGAGAACUCGCGCCCGGGCGGCACCUCCUCGAAGCACAACUGGAGAAUAUGGGGGAGGGUGCGGUGAGUCUGGAAGAUGUCAGCGUGAAUCCGAAUGAGAUAUACAAGGCCACGAGCUUGAAUUGGGAUCUCGAUUUGAAGGAGGGGAAAGAGGAUGUGAUGAAGCCGGUGCUGAUGGCGAGAGAGGUCAUUCAGGUUGCGUUUUUGCUUGAGGAGAAGGCCAGAGAGAAAGUAUUGGAGGAUGGAACGAAGGCUCAGUUGGUAGAUAACAAGAAGGUUCUGGGGCAGUUGGCGAUACAAUGGCGGACGGGGUUGGGGGAUCGGGAACGUUGA